GCUUCUGGCCUCAACAUAUCAUUAGAGGGCCACCUAGCCGACUCGCUGCGCCCUCUCCUUGGGCUGCUCCCGAGUUCUCUUGCGACUGAACUCAAACAGCUGUCAAAGCAUGCUCUGGUACGCACCAUACCGUACGCCCUCCUUGCCGCCAUCUCGAAAUGGGCCCGUACCCCGGAUGCAGAGCAUGCAAUGAGUAGCCACGAGCCCCCUCUUCGUGUACAGGAUUAUUCCAUGGUUGCGCUGCUCGCCGGAACCCGAACCAACCCAGAACGUACAUAUCCUACGUUGUCGACCCCUUCUGCGGAUGAUCAAACGUCGCAUACUCGAGAAUUGGGGGAUCGACGUGCCGUCACUGCGGUUGUCAAUGCGCUCCUCAGCGUCGGCGGUGCCGGGAUAGCUACGUGGUGGGCGGCAGGUCGUCUGUCAUGGAGAGAUGAGUGGAAAGUGCUACUGGGGUUGUCGGUAGCAAUUUUGGUGGCAAGCUCCGAGGCUCUCUUGUAUCUGAUAUGGGAAAACCGGCGA